AUGCUAAAUUUCAGCCUCUCCUCCCUCUUCUACCUCAUCCCGCUGUACUUCCUCGUUAUCUCGCCGCUCCUGCGACAGCUCUUCCCAGCCGAUGGGACUUACUAUGGAUCGUAUGAUGAGGAAGAUGUCGAUGAGGAUACCUCGCUCAAUCUGAACCACGACAUACUGAGUAUCGAAGAUGGGACGCCAUUUACUUGCGACUCUGGGUCCGAUGCCUACCGCGUGCAUAUCCUCUCCCAAGCCCCGCUGGUUAUAUACAUCGAGGGAUUCCUCUCGGGAGACGAGGCGGACCAUCUGGUGAAUGUUAGCGUCCCCAAUUAUACCCCGUCAACCCUCUACUCCUCCUCCGAAGACGCCCACUCCCCCAAAACCGACAUGACGAAGCGUCUCUCCGACCGCGCUCUCCUUCCCCGCGACAAUAUAGUCCGGUGCAUCGAGCACCGCGCGCGCGCGUUCCAGGGCUGGAAGCCGCACCUCUACAUCGAGCGCAUGUGGGCGCAGCGAUACAACGUGACAGGCCACUACGUGCACCACUACGACUGGGCGGGCACGGCGCGCGGGCGCGGCGGAGACAGAAUAAGCACGUUUAUGGUGUAUCUCGCCGCUGGAUGUAAAGGUGGGGGGACGAAUUUCCCGCGGCUGCGCAAGCCGAAGGAUCCCAAGUGGUGUAAGUUUUUGGAUUGUGAGGAUGAGACGGCGAAGAGGGAAGGCGGGAUUACGUUUCGGCCGAUUAAGGGCAAUGCGGUGUUUUGGGAGAACGUGAGGCCCGAUGGGAGUGGAUGGCCGGAGACGUGGCAUGCGGCGUUUCCGGUUGAGGAGGGGGAAAAGGUUGGGUUGAAUAUUUGGAGUUGGUAUCAGCCGCCGAAGGGGAGGUGGAGGUGA